UUUUUUUUUUUUUUUUUAACCCCAUACUUUUAAUAAUUAUUAUUAUUUAAAAAAAAUAAACGGGCAAAACCAACAGAUGCUUGCUACUACACUAAAGCCUUCAUUAGAAACAAAUUCAACCAUCAUUUCACCUUUAAAACAACCCAAAUACAGUCAAACACAAGCCUCACCUUUUUGGUUUGGUGGAGCUGCCUCUUGUCUUGCCACAUUUGUUUCUCAUCCAUUUGAUCUCACAAAAGUUAGACUUCAAACUUUACAUUUAGAAAAUACAACAUUCUGGUCUGAAUUCAAACUUUUAAGUCCUUCUCGCAUGUUCAAGACGAUUUGGUCUAUUGCUAGACAUGAGGGAUUUACUGCUCUGUAUAGUGGUCUUUCCGCAAGUUUGCUAAGACAAGGUACUUAUUCAACAAUACGAUUUGGUUUAUAUGAUCAGUUCAAAUGGUAUGUGGCAGGUGAUCAAAAACCUACUGUACGUCAAUUGAUAUUUUGUUCUACAAUGGCAGGUGCAUUAGGUGGAGCAUUUGGUAAUCCCAGUGAUGUAGUUAAUGUGCGCAUGCAAAAUGAUGGACAAUUACCAGUUAAUCAAAGACGAAAUUAUAAAAACGUGGUGGAUGGACUGAUAAGGAUUUGUAGAGAAGAGGGACCUAAAGUAUUAUUAAGAGGAGUUGGAUCAAGUACAAAUCGUGCCAUCUUAAUUACAGUAUCUCAAAUGUCAAGUUAUGAUAUGUUUAAACAAAAAUUAAUAGAUAAGCUAAACUUCAAGGAUGGACUCGUUAGUCAUUUUAUAUCAAGUUUAUUAGCUGGACUUGUGGCAACUACAGUUUGUUCACCUUUAGACGUUGUAAAGACACGCAUUAUGAGUGCAACUUAUUUAGAUGACAGGAAAAGAAAUCCAAUUAAAAUUAUGACUUGUAUGGUAAAAACAGAAGGAUUUGGAUCAUUAUUUCGUGGAUGGAUGCCUGCAUUUGUUAGAUUAGGCCCGCAUACGAUUGUUACUUUUAUUGUACUUGAGCAACUAAAAGAAUGGCAUAAGAAAAAGACACUAUUAUAGAUUCUAUUUAUUUAUUUAUUUAU